AUGAAGAGCUGGUUGGAGUCAAGCAGUAUGGAAGACGGUUCCCUGCCAUGCAUGCUGGCUGAAACCAGAGAGGCAUUGCUUCCCCUCACUGGCUGUGAAAACUUAGCACCAAGGAAGGGUAGAGACAGAUCAUUGGAACCCUGUACUGCAUCCGAAGAAUCGUAUCUAUCAAGCGGUGCUGGAUCCCCUUACGCCGGUCUCUCCCGCGAAGAAAGACGACGCAGGCGCCGUGCGACACUAAAAUACCGAACUGCGCAUGCGACUAGAGAAAGAAUACGAGUGGAAGCCUUCAAUGCGGCCUUCGCGUCGCUAAGGCGUCUCUUACCGACACUGCCUCCAGACAAGAAGUUGUCAAAAAUCGAAAUUCUACGUCUAGCUAUAUGUUACAUCGCUUAUUUGAACCAUGUUUUGGAUGCUUGA